CAAGUCCUCCGCGUCAUUAUCCACACCCCGAUUGGAGUGAUACCUCUCUGCCAAGUAUCAGUGGCGUUUCCGGAUCGAAUAUUAUUUAAAUACCAAACUGGAAUCUGAAAAUGAUACCAAAAGCAUCCAAUGGCAAAGACGCUAUCCAUCAAAGAAGAGAUUGCUGUCGAAUUAAAGAUCGCCAGAAAGUUCAAAACGUACUGUUCGUCAAAAACUUUGCCAGAAAUUGUACAGGGAUUUCUCUUUGAGGAUUCGCACAUCCAUGAUUUGAGGCCAGAGAAAUUUCCUCUUCCACGUGAAAAGUUAGGAGCGGAUCAUUACACACUUAUCACUGGUUCAGACAAGAAAGCAAGUCUUAUAAUUACCAUGGAAGCUAGUGAUAACAUGAAACAUCAAGAAAAUGAAAAAAACACUGCCACAGACAAUUGGAAAGCACUUUUUAACUCGCUGACUAACGGGUUUAUCAUUCUUCUUCAGAAAAAUAUAAUAGACAUCAGCGAGAAAGGGAUAGAUGUGAACUUUCUGGGAUUUACAGCCGGCAUCGGUGUGCUGACUGAUAGAAAACCAGAAUCUACAAAUGCUGGAUUGAAAGCUGAAAUAUCAACACCUUGGGGAUCAACUGCAUCAGCUGGAUUCCAAGGAAAUUUAGGAAGAGCAGGUGUGGGUGGUGGGUUAUGGGCUCGUGGGGCCUUAACUCCAGAAGUUGCAGCAAAAGCGGGCUUGGGAGGAGUUAUUAAUUCAGAACACAUCAGCGGGGGACUCAUUGCAGGUGCAAAAACACCAAUAACUGGAGAGCAUGUUGCCAAUCUGAGCGGGGACUUCAAUUUGGUGAAAACUAAUUGAAAUAUAAAGGAUUAAAAAAAGAUGAGUUACAGUUGAUUUAGAUCUCAAUAUGUGAUAAUGCUGUGAAUUUUUACUUAGGGAUUAGUGGCAUAAUGGGUUGAUGGUGUAUGUUGAAUAAAAUUUUUACUUUUGGAUAGUGUAA